AUGAUUCCAUUGCAUGACAGGCUUUGGGGGCCUUUGCAAGGACACACUUUGCCCCUAAAAGAACAUGGUCUAUAUACAUUUGUCACAAAUGGAGACAAUUUUACACAGAGAGAGACAAAGAAUCUUAGAAAAAUGAAGUCAAUCUUUUACCUGUGUUUUUUGAUUGCUGGGAUUCAUGCUGAUAUACCUUGCCAACAGAAUUCUAGCAACAACAGUCCUGAAAAUUACCACGGUGGAAACAGAAACCAAGUAGGUCUAGCAAACGAAAAUAUGCUGGGUCAUAAAGUAGGGAGAAGCAUUUGUCAGUUUGCAUUUUAUUUUUAUAAGGAGGCUUCUUCUCAGAGAAACAACAGGAAUGUGAUCUUUUCUCCCAUAAGCAUCUCCACUGCCUUUGCAAUGCUGACCCUGGGUGCUAAAUCAGAGACACUGCAACAGAUUCUUAGAGUGUUCCACUUUAAACCAAAUGAGAUCCAGCAAAGAGAGAUACAUGAAGGUUUCUGUCAGCUCAUGCAAUCACUAAACCGCCAGAAUGCUAACUUCCAGCUGGAUAUGGGGAAUGUCCUGUUUGUGAAAGACCAGCUGAAACUGCAACAGCAAUUUUUAAAUGAUCUAAAAAACUUUUACAGUGGAGAAGCUUUCCCAGAAAACUUCAAGAAUGUCAGACCAACUCAGCAGAAGAUCAAUAAUUACAUAGAGAAAAAAACACAUGGGAAAAUUAUCAACCUACUCAAUAAUCUGGAUCCAGCUACUGAAAUUCUUCUUCUUAGUUAUAUUUACCUUAAAGCCACGUGGAAUAAAACUUUCAAUCCAAAGUACACUAAAGACGGUGACUUCUUUGUGGAUAGAAACACAGUUGUUAAAGUCCCUAUGAUGUUCCGGAUGGGCAUGUGCAAACAUGCCUAUGAUGACCAGCUGUCUAGCACCGUGGUGCAAAUGGAUUAUAAGGAAGAAAGCAUUAAAGCAUAUUUUAUUCUGCCUGAUGAAGGACAAAUGAGGAAGUUGGAGAAUGGCUUGUCAUGUGAAAGUCUGCCUAAAUGGAGAAAAUUACUUUCAGAAAGCUCAACCAAUUUAUAUCUGCCAAGAUUCUCCAUUCAUGACAAAUUUGAAUUAAAACAAAUUCUUUAUAGAAUGGGCAUCAGAAAUGUAUUCACUAAUGAAGCUGACCUGUCUGGAAUUACUGGGCAGCCCAGGCACAGGAUUUCAGAGGCUAUCCAUCAGGCCAUGGUGAAUGUGGAUGAGAAUGGCACUGAAGCUUCGGCAGCCUCUACUAUGGAAAUAGUGCCAAUGUCUACGCCUACUAACAUUACAUUCAACAGACCCUUCCUGGUGGUGAUAAUUAGCAAUGAUACCAUACUUUUUAUGGGCAAAAUCACGAACCCUGUGGAACAAUAG